UUUGUUCAAAUUGAAAAGAAAAUGGUUAGAGAUUCGCGUUCUCGCAGUUCAUCUAUCAAUCGCUCACGAAGUCCACGACGUCGUGACGCAAAAAAGAGCCGUCGACGCUCACGUUCUGGAUCGCGCUCAACGUUUUCACGUACUCCUUCUCCUGGAGCUAAACGCCUUCAUAUUGGUAAUUUGGACGACACAAUCCGUCGUUGUGAUAUUGAGGAUGUUUUUGGCAAAUAUGGUCGUAUUGUAGAUUGCUGGAUGGCGAGCUAUCCGCCAUUUUAUGGAUUUGUCGUCUUUGAUCGAAAUGAGGAUGCGCAGAGAGCUUUGAGAGACAUGUCGACAGGUUAUAUUAAGGAUUGCAGAGUUCGUACAACCGUGGCGCUUCCACGUUAUGGAGGAUCUGCUGGAAGAGUCAAUAACCGUGGAGGUCGUUUGCCUCCACCGCCUGGUCGAGGUCGUCGCAACUUUGAUGAUGAUUAUGGACGUGGUGGUCGUCGCCGACGUUCGCGCUCUCGUUCUGUUCGUCGACAUCGCCGCCGUUCGCCUUCCAUCAGCCGUUCGCGCUCACCAGUCUCACCUAAACGGUCCAAACAUCGACGCUCUGUUUCUAACGAUCGAGGUGACUUCGGCAAAAAUAAUGGAAAUGAAAAUAUUGUUGAAGGUGUUAAGAAAGUUAAGCGUGAAAAGCGUUCAAUGAGCCGCUCGUCCAACAACAGCAGCAACAAUGGUCGUCAACGCUUGCGUCGUUCGGCUUCACAUUCAUCAAAAUCUGAUUGA